AUGAGCGAGCGCAACGCAGCUCGAACGGGUCCGGGACGCAUAUCGUUGCCUACGAACAACUGGAAUGACGAUUCUGCGCUGAUUACUCACACUCCUUCACCGAACACUCCACCUAACCAAGAACAGAAUCCUUUUGGUGAUGCUCCCUUCAACUCGGAACAGUGGGACUCGCGGCACGAAGGCGCUCGUGCCAUCUACACCGGCGACGAGCCCCCAGAAAUUCCUGACAAGGUCCCAAUUCCGGUCGCUCUUCCAAUAUCUGCGGGUGCAGGCGUAACUCCUCUUCCCAAGCUACCAAUGACAGUGCUUUCGAUAAUGAUGCUUGGAGAAUUCUUGUCGGCAAACGUGUCAGCACCGUGGGUCCUCUUUAUGGUACAAUCUUUCGAUAUCAGUGAGGAGGAAUCGGACGUUGGCUAUUGGACCGGUGUCUUAUGCUCCAUGUUCUUUAUCACGCAAUUCGCGACCUCGCUUCUAUGGGCUACAGUCGCCGAAAAGCAUGGGCGAAGAACG